AUGUCCUCCAACAAGAGUGUUGGGGCUGGUGGGGCUGGUGGAGGAGGCAUCGCCACCAUUUAUGUCCAUGCCGGCGCUGGCUUCCACAGUGUGCAGAACGAACAUCUACAUCUGCAGGCAUGUGAAAAGGCCGCGCGAUCAGGAAUGGCCAUUCUGCGCAAUGGUGGAUCGGCCGUAGAGGCGGUCGAAAUGGCCAUCAUGUAUCUGGAGGACACUGAAAUCACCAAUGCUGGCUAUGGCAGUAACCUGACAAUCGAUGGAGAAGUCGAGUGCGAUGCUACAAUUGUCAAUCAUCUCGGGCGAAGCGGCGCAGUAGGAGCUGUGUCCCAAGUGAAAAACCCCAUCAUGGUGGCACGAAGCAUCUUGAACACGUCAGGAAAGCCAUUAACCCUGGCUCGUGUGCCGCCUAAUUUCCUGAUCGGACGAGGUGCAAGGGACUUCGCCUAUGAUCAGGGACUGGUGGUCCUGCCCCCUGAUGCUCUCGUGGCUCCGUCUGCAAAAGAAAGAUGGCGUCGCUGGCAGCAGGAGCUACAAGCCGCCGAGCACAAGGAAAGGACCAAGCUGGGGAACUAUAUCCCGUACCAGACUUGUUAUCGCCGUCCCAUUCCUGUCAACCCUGCCCAAUUGGCCAACGCUUCCAGUCCUCGUCUUCCCGCUUUGCCUGCGCCCAGCGCUGUAGUUCCCGGUUAUUCAGAGCCCGCAGACCCGCGUUUGACCUGUACCACUGCAAGUCUGUCCCCAGUGGAACCAACCCGCACACUUUCCGAUGCUUCUGCACUUAGGGAUGGCAGAUACAUGGAUGGAGGGCCUUGCGCUUCCGCUGUAGAUCUCAGUGGUCCGUCGUCCGAAACCUCUGAGGCCACUGUUAACCAGCCUGCGGAGGUGAUGGACUAUGUCAGCGAUACUGUGGGGGCCAUCGCUGUGGAUAGCUGGGGCAAUAUUGCGGCCGGCUCGUCUUCUGGCGGCAUCGGGAUGAAGCACUCCGGUCGUAUCGGACCUGCGGCGCUCGUGGGAGUUGGCACAAGUAUAAUCCCCGCCGACCCCAACGAUCCAGAGAAGACUAGCGUCGCAGCCGUGACUUCGGGAACUGGCGAACAUAUUGCGACUACGAUGGCCGCCCAUACGUGCGCUAUGCGGAUCUACUACAGCCAGAAGAAACACAACGACGGCACAUUCGAGGACGUUACCGAGGAGGAAGCAAUGAGCUCUAUGAUCGCAUCCGACUUCAUGGGCCAUCCCGGUGUUCGUGGAAGCAAAUGUCAAGCUGCGAUCGGCAUUGUUGCUGUCAAGAAGACUACGCAUGGCGUUUACCUCUAUUUCGGACACAACACAGACUCAUUCGUAAGGCCUGUGCAGCAGGUCAUUGCUUCGAUGAGCAGCGAGGAUAAACAGCCGGUGUGUGUGAUGUCCCGCAACAAUGGCAAUGGUAGCAUUGCUCAGGGCGGCCGCGCCACUCGAAGCAAACCCAUGUCGCAAGCCAAGUAG